UUUCUCCCCGUCUCUCCUCCCUCCUGUUUUUCUGUGUUCUGUCUGACUGAUACAGACAGUCUCUUGUUUUAAGACAUGCAGCUGUUCCUCUCUGCUCUCUCUCCUUGGGGAUACCCAUUGGUCACAGACAGGAGGACAGAAGCAUCCUAACAAACGUACGAGCCCCCUGAGCUGUGGUUGCUCAUCGUGGGCAGGGUCUGGCUCCUUGUGGGUGGGGUUUAAAAUACAGUAACUUUGCUCACUUCUUGUCAGCAUUAUGGAAAACAAAGCAUAUAAGUGUGAGGGCACAUGGCCACCAACACAUUGCAAACAUACUCUGGAACGGGACAAAAAGAAGAUUAAGCCACCACCAGGCACGGUGUCUGUGACAACAGGAAAAAGUGGGCCUCCGGCCACAGUCAUAGAGAUUUCACCUGAGACAACUGAGGUAAACGAUUAUUACUUGUGGUCCAUCUUCAACUUUGUCUACCUGAAUUUCUGCUGCUUGGGCUUCAUUGCACUGGCCUAUUCACUCAAGGUCCGUGACAAAAAGCUCCUGAAUGAUCUCACAGGUGCCGUAGAAGAUGCAAAAACUGCACGGGCUUUCAAUAUAACGAGCUCAGCUCUUGCGACACUCUGCAUCAUCAUCUUGCUUCUUUACCUGCGCUCCCCUCCGUCUCACUAUUAGCAGUGGUGCAUCUCUACCCAAAGAGUGAACUGUAGUCUUGCAUAGCCUUUCAUCCCAUACUGAGACAGGAGCUGAGUGAAUGGUAGCCCUGCCCAAUACAGUUAAAUAUUGCCCUUACGUCUCCCUUUCUCUCAAUUAUUCCAUCAUUCAAAUUUCUCCGGACCUCACUGUGAUGUCAUCAUGCCUUGCCGAAAGGCAGCCUCCAGAUUGGCUGAUGGCAGCUUAUAUGCAAAACAGCAACAGCGGGCGAGUUAACCUUCUCAGCACCGCAGGGGGAGGAGGUUCUUUGCACGUGACUGGGUUGUUCUCUGAGCCCCUCCCCUCCUGUGCCUCAUCAUAAGUGACCAAGCCUGUGAAUUAGAGUGUCAUCACUCUGGGCAAUUGAAUACAUCUCAUCAAAUAAAGGACUUACUUUUUUCA